UCUUUGCCGAUAGUCAACUGAGUCGUUCGGUUACUUUAUUUACUCUAUGGUUCGGUUUAAUCAUGGAUUCAGUCUCCUUGUUUUUAACUGUUAACUGAAAUGUGUUUUGUUGCGAAAACGUGAAUUGUAAACAUUGACUUUUAUUUUUUUUGUGGACAUUACAUUUUGUGUUAACUGCAAAUAACAAAUACGUGGUUGCAGCAAGGUUAUAAACAUAUUAUCAGUGAAAAUAAUUGUACAAAUUUAUUCUUGAAUCUCAUACAAACAUGGAAGUUGUAACUUUCACUGAUAUUCUCGGAUUAUCUAAGCAAACUAUAUUCAAAAACUUAAGUGACUACUUUAGCAAGAUGAACCCAAAAACGAGGAGCUUAAUGGAUUGUUCUGAUAGUAUGUUGUUUGUUUGGAAUUGUGAAGAUAGUUAUUUGUGGGCACUGAAUAUCAAAAGUUCCGAAUCCAGUGAUUUCAAAACUAUGCAUCAAACACUUCUGCCGACAAAUCCUCCAAGCUUUGAAGUAGAACGUGUCAAAGCAAAUCGCACAUCAAGUCAUGUCUUAGCGUUUGGUUCUCUUGGCAUUGUAGUAUUCGAAUUACCGCGGCGUUGGGGUAAAUUCGGUAUGUUUCAAGGUGGGAAAUCAGAGGUGAUGUGCAGGUCACGAAUAGUAGACGAGCGAUUCUUCAGGUGCAAUCCACACGUCGUGGUGAAACAAGUCCGCUGGCAUCCUGGAUCUGCCACAGACACUCACAUUCUCGUCUUAUCUUCGGAGAACACAUUCCGCUUUUAUCAGGUGGCUGGAGAUCAGCCAACUCUCUUGAAGGUCUGGACUGUGGGGCGUAGACCAACCUCAACUCGAGUGCCCAUACUGGUGGGAUUAGGUGACACAUGUGUUGAUUUUGACUUUGCGCUGCCAUCCUUUGAAAGUUACGAUUCUGAUGACCGGUCAGUCACAAAUUCGUGUGUUACGUGGCCUUUGUAUGCUUUGCAAGGUAACGGGGAUGUUUAUGCAAUUAAAAUGUCUCGAGCAGACAUGUCUUCUAGUGUAGACGUCAAAGGCCCCCUCUGUAUGUUUCCGCAAGCCGAUGACAACUACGGUGGUGAUGCAUGUUCUAUAUUAUGCCUACAGUCAAACCCACCUAUAGUUAUUGUGGCAACAUGCUCUGGUACCAUCUACCACACACUCGUUCUUUCUUCAGAAGAUGAUGAGGGUUCAUGGAAUGAUACAACACUUGCACUGUACGUCUUUGAAAUUGUUGAACUCGAACUAGGUUUAGGAUUGAAAGAUGAUGAUGAUAUUUAUGCUUGUCCCAUUUUGCUCCAUCAUGAUGAUACUGCAGUCUCACGGUAUUUUUGCUCUCAUGAUACUGGUGUUCAUGUAAUGAUGCUGCCCAUGGUAGAUGAGCUUGAACGAUAUGCAGAAGCAAAGAAUGAAGAAACCGAUCUGCUUAUGCCAUUAAUGAAAGAAGCAAGCAGUGCGCAGUAUCUAAUUUGCACCCGCACAUCAUCUUCCUCACCUCUCGCUCCAGUUCAGGCACUGACGAUCGGGACAUCACCACCAAUUCUGAUCUGCCUUCUAACCACAGGUGAAGUGGUGAGUGUGGCACUCGUGUCGAACACCACUUUCCACGCAUCCUCACUCGUGUCCAAGGACCAUGACCAAGGUGCGGGGCUGGAAACACAAAGGGACUCCUUUGUGGAACAUAUCCAACGUCUCCUCCAGCGCAGCACAUCACAGCCGUUGCUGAAGCUCGCUCCAACAGCAGAGCCAUCUGCCCAGGAAUGUCUGGAGUUGGUUAGUAGGGCCACCAACGUCUUAAGGGAUGAGUAUCUACAGAAACAGUUCCAGGUGUGUGACGAAAUGCAGCGCAAAGUUCGGAUGCUACGCACCAUGAAGGAGCAUCAACUCAAGGAAUUGAGCAGCAUGGAGGACAGCCGGCAACAACUGAAGGAAUCUGCAGAACACCUUGCUGAAAAAUAUGAAGACAUUAAGGACAAGCAGGAGGAGAUGGCGCGCCGGGCGGAGCGGGUGCUGCGGGCGGCUAGCACCAGGCAGCCGGCCGCCAGCGCCGCGGAGAAGCAGUACGCCGCGCGCCUGCAGGAGGUCCAGGGCAAGCUGGGCGGGCUGAAGCUGUCGCUGGAGCAGGUGCGCGCCCGGCACGAGUACCACCGCGCCCAGCUCGACAGCUGGCGGCGGGAGCAGGACCUGCACAAGUCCUACCUCAGCGACGCCCAGCACAGGGUCAUUUCCGAGAACCUCGCAAGCAUGUCGAGAAACUUAUACGAGUUAUGUUCUUUCGUUGGAAAUGCAUUGAAGAUAAUAUCCAACGACCCUUGUUUCGUUAUAACUGAAGAACACAGUGCAGAGAAGUAAAAAAAAAAGACCAAGGAUCCAAUUUUUUUUUUUUUUUUUUUUUUAAGUGUUGCGAAUACUGUUGACAGUGAAAAUACAUUGAAUUUUCAAAUGUAUUUUAGAACGUUGUGUGUGAAUUUAACGUGUUGUAUGAGCAUUUAUAAAUUGUGUAAGCCAGUGGAAUUUCUUUUUCUCAACCAUUUUUUACAACUGUAAAAUGAUGAGGAUGUGUUUGUGCAUUCUACUUUGUCAUUUGUGUAAUGUAUUACAUCUAAAUGAAUUAUUGCAGCAACAUUUAUUUUGCAGGUUCUUUUAAAAGUGCUGACGGAUAGUCAAUGCUCAUAAUUGUUAUUUUUUAUGUUUUGAAUGUGCCCCAUCUUUUUUUCUACAAAAUAAUUUAAAAGAAACCAGUUAAAAAAAUAUUAGCAAUUACAUUAAAGUAGUGGUGCACCGAUAUGACUUUACCGAUUACCGAUUUGAUUACUGAUUAUGAGAGCAAUAAUCUGUAGAUACCGAUUCAGUUACCGAUUAUAAUGAACAAAUUUUUUUUAAUGUAAUAAUGCACACAAAAAUUUUUAUUCCCAUGUAAAAUUGAGAAUACAGUUAACAUAACAUAACAGUAUAAAACUAUAUAAAAUACACUAUUAAGUCAUUGCAAAGUGUAAAUUAUUAACAACUUCUAUUUAUAUUUGUUAUUGUAAACAACUUGAACUACAGUUUAAUAAUUGUAAUUUACAAUGGGUAAGUUUUUGUUGCGGAAAACUAGCAUUAUUAUCGACUAUCACAUAUGGUUGCAUCGAGAAAUUACCGUUUAACAAUGUAAACAUGUUGCUUUAUUUUGUUCAUUUGAGUUUAUAGAAAAAUGUUUCCACACUUCACUUUUUUCUCCCUACUCGCCAUCUCACUAUAAUUAUAUAAAAAUGGCUCAAAACCAAUUCUAGCACAUGUGAUUUUAUUUAUGUGGACUGAAUAUAUAAAAUUAUAAAUACUUUUUCACUUUUCACGUCACAUACAAAUAACACAACAAAGGAUAAUGUUACCAAAGACGCCCAUAAUGAGUUUGUAAAACGCAGUGAUAAAAACUAGAAGGUAUCAGGACCAUGAUUUUGAAUCGCUACUACGACUCGAAAAGAUUGAUUGUCAUAGAAUCCACUACAACUGCUUGUGGUAUUUUGAUUGUGUGCCAUCUAUUUUACGUCUCUGGCUAUACGUAAUGUACAAGGCCACUAAACAAAAGACGAAACGUAAAUAAACAUGUAGGAAAAAUGUAUUUUUUUAUUGUUCGAGGCAAUGAGAUUUAUUAAACUUAACGAAAUAUCUGUAAUCAUGAUAUGACGGAGUUAGAUGAAUUUUGUAAUAUAUACAAAUAUUACCGUAUUUCGUCCUAAAAUGUGUAACAAAAUAUUACACGGUAAAAACCUACUUAAUUACGCCGGGACGUAGAUAAUCGGCAAAGUAAUCGUUAAGAUAAUCGCUGAUUACGAUUAAUCGGAAAGUACCCAUAAUCGCUGAUUACGAUUCAUCGGUAUCUGCAUCGGUGCACCACUACAUUAAAGUGUAUAUUCAAGGGAUACAAAAUAAGUGUUUGAGUACUUACUCCUACUCUUAAUUAUAGUUUUAAAGAUAUUAACCCUUAAUUCAUUAUUAUAGUCCAGUAAAUUAAAAAGUAUUCAUACUUUCAUUUUGUAACUGCUACAAAGUUUUCUACUCUUAAUGUCCUUGUGAACAAAAUUUUGUGCAAAAUACCAGUUUUCAUUAUUUCAUAAUUUUGAAAAAUGUCAAUAUGAGACACUUACAGACAAUAUUGUUACAAACGCAUAACAUCUAAUCCUGAAGGAUUAUGUUGUUGAAUUAUAUCUGUCUUUCUCCAACAAUAAGGUUUUCCUCUAGGUGUCUACCAAUAGUGCUCAUUCAGUUUUGUGGUAAUCAGCUUAAGUUAAAAUAGCCAGGCAGUUAGCAUUUCACAUUAUUGUGUAUGAAGUGCUUUUGUGAUUGGUGCUAAAAAGUUUAAUUUGUAAAAAAAUACCAGAAAACUACUCCAUGCUGGAGCAUGCCACCUUCUUAACUCUGAAUUUUGUAUAAUUAUAUGUCAAAGGCAUAUGUUCAUUUCCAGCUGAAAAUUGUGCAACAUUUUUAGUUGCUAGUCACACUUUUAAUGAAAUUUAUUUUUGUGUACAAAUGAAUUAUGUAGGUGUUUCUUUUAUAAAAACACAUUUCAAUUCCUGCAAAUGCUUCACUUCAACAUAGUGGUUUUGUGAUGCCAGCCUACAAAACUGCAUUCCACUUUCUAUAAGUCUCUGUAGGUAUGUACAUAAGCAAGAAAGUCAAAAAUCAAAACACUUGCUUUGUCACAUCAAUAAAAUUAAAUCUUAAUUAUUCUGUUUGAAGACCAUUUGUAUUUAAAACAUCUUGAAAAACUGUUAUGAUUUCUUAUUCUUUAAUCUAAUAAAAAAAUACAAAUGUGUGAUACCAGUCUGUGCUUGGACGCAAUGAUCGCAAUGUUAUGGAUGUAAAUUUAUUAGAAGUUGGUAUUUAUUAGAGGUCGGCGGGUACCCGUCUUUCCGGGUAGUUAAAUUUCCCGUGGCUUGGGUCGGGCACUUUUUAUACCCGAAAAUUUUCGGGUCGGGCGUCUAAUAAAGAAAAAAAAAUUAAAUCUUGGUUAACUUUGCCGUUGCCGUGUCCUGCUGCCAUGGGAAAUGACCUGCCGUUUCUAUAUAUUAUGCUGAUGUAUUUUCGAUCGAAAUUAUAUCCUAUUCGUGCAGAAACAACACUUGAGCUAAUCAAACGUAAAAAUAAAAUAAAAAACUCGACACUUAAGGCAGUGUCGUAAGCCCCGUGUUUAUAUUUUUUUAUAUCAAUAAAAAAAUAAUUAACACACAAUAUAUUUACUCAAAUAAAAAAAAAAGUGAGUACUUUUAAGUCUAGAUAAAAUUAACUAGUAGGCCUAAAAACAUCGUGGAAAACGUAACGUUUAUAGUCGGCAAUGAACAUUUUAAAUCGCAAAAUAUACAUAUUUUAUUACAUGGAAAGUUGCUUUUAUUUCUAAACAUGUAAUAAUUUAAGUCUAGGCGUGUAAAAGUCCGAGUAAUUAUAGCAGGAGACAAUCUAAAAUGCACGAGGGAAAAAAUGUAAACUCACGAAUGUAUAAACAUAACAGGAAUGUCGGGAAUAUUACGUGGCUGCUUGUCUGAUACUGUUCUUAUGUCACAACUUAGCCGAAAAAUACUGGUACGAGACAUAAACUUCACAAGAUAAAAUGAGUGGAGUCUUGGUUAACUGUUUUAUACGUAUUUUAUAAUUUCGGAAGUAUUGUACAGUUGACGCAUAUUUUUUAUACUAACCAUUUAUUUCUGGGGAUUGUAAAUAAUUUAUUAUUGGUAUCAAGACAUCAAGAUGAACGUAAACUUGAAUAUGUCACUGCAGCGAGAAAACUGGUGCGUAUACCAAUAAACUGGUAUUAGAACUGGACAAAACUGGUACACGGGAGGUGGAGCUUAUAUUUUUUUCUGCUAAGCUCGCAUCUAUUGGCUGGCUGCUGAUGGAAGGUCACGAGUCUGGGCGGAGCGUACUGCGCAUGCGCAGCUCAGAGAACAGAGAGCCAGCCGGCGGCCACGUUGCUCCGUAACAACAGCUGAUCGAGUACAAUGACCUUUCUCCGCGCACUGCGGGCUAUUGACGGUAAUUUCCAUCAAUUUGCCGCCCAUUUUUUUUUUAUAUAUAUAUUUUUAGUGUGGCGCAAUGCGUAUGUGUAAUGUGGCCCGUAUUUGUUCUGAACGCUGCAGGAUGAGACUGUAUUUUAAUUACCUAACUUUAAUGUUCUUAAAUUUUUCAUAAACAAUUUUUUUUUUUUCGAAAAUCUGUACGUACGAUCAGAGUGUACGUACGAACCAGGGGCCGUACGAGUGAGGUUUUACUGUAAUGCUGAUUUGAACACGUUUUUAAAUGCUAAAAUUACGUUUUAACCUUUUAACUACAAUAAGUCGUUUUCCAAGCAUCGCCAAAACAGCAAAUCAUUAUUUGGGAAUACCUGCCACAGAAGUAUCCAGUGAGCGUGUGUUCUCAAGUGCUAGCAAUGUUGUGACACACAGGCGGGAACGGCUGUCAGCAGAACAUGUAGAAGAAAUGGGUUUUUUGCAUCAAAAUCAAAUAUUAGGCUAAGUAAAAACUGUUUGAUAGGGUUGUUUUUUAUGUGAGUUGCAUAAAAAAAAUUCAUGUUGAGCAAUGCUUAUUUUGUAAUUUGUUGUAAUGUUUUAACUUAUAUUUAUUAAUUUUUUAAAGUGAAUUUAAGAUACAGUAAAAACAUUUUGCAAUAACAAUUUCCAGUUUCAUCAGGUAUGUUAGAAAGACAAUACCCUGCCCGACUCCGAAUUUUUUGUGCAAUUAUCCGAUCCGACCCGGCUUAAAAAUCCACUACCCGAAGACCUCUACUAUUUAUAUAUAUUUUUGCUCUUAUUUACGAACACACAAAUAUUAAGAGUGAAACCAAAGUAGUCAACUAUUUAAAUGUACAGUACACUCUCGAUUAUCGGCGAAAUUAAGUGGCAGGGCCACCACGGAUAGUGAAAAUCGCGGAUAAUCCGCAAAAGAGCCAAAAUGAGAAACAAAAAGGAAACAUUAAUUUCAACUUAAAAAUCUAAACAUUUAUGUACAGUAAAAGUUACAAUUAACAGUAAAAAAUUUUAAAUUAUGCUAAAAUUGUAAUAUUUUACUGAAUAAUUAACAUAAAAUACAUUUCAGUAAUGUAAACACAAAAGUGCUCACUAAUACGACUAGAAACAAAGUACGACAGAGACAAAAAUAGCAACGCAUGCCAGCCUACUGCAAGAGUUCCAAGAAGGCCUGUGGUGUUUUACUGUAUACUGCACACAAUACACUCGUCAGUAGAGUUCAAAUUUUCUCACUUGUAAUAAAAUACAGAUUUACAUAUGUGCUUUAUUUUUUUGUAGCAUGCUCGGAUCAUCCACUCGCGGGUAAUAGGGAGUUUACUGUACUUCAAAUGAAGUUGGACAUAUGUAAGUACUGUAAAUUAAUUUUAAUGGGAUUAGUGCCUUGAUUAAAAUGGUAGUCUGCAAGUAUACUUACCUGAUUUGAAAACAAUUUACUUUGAUAAAAAUACUCUCAUGGGGGAGGGGGGGGGAGAGUUUGACUAGCGCCGUUUUGAUUAGCAUUUUGUUUUACUGGACUGAAUUAGGGCGUUACCUCAAGGGGCGGGUGUUGUGUGUUAAUAUUUGAGAUAAAAAAAUUGUAAUAAUUUUUUUCAAACUACUUUCAGCAUGUAUGUAUUUCGGUUAGCUGUAGACUAGGGGUGUGCGGGAUCCCGACGCUUCGGGAAAAAAGUCGGGAAAAUAGGCUUCCCGAAAUGCCGGGCGGGAAUUUUAUUACUCCUGAAUUUUUCGGGAAAUUGUUUAAAAAUUUACAAAUGUUUUCUAUCAAUUCAAACUGUUUUUACAACAAUAUUUAUUAUGGAUUCGUACAUUUUUGAAGGGUAGCGACAGCUGUGGUGUGCAGUGAAUUAUGAUAAUCGUUUACACAUAUCUAAUUGGAAUAUGGUACAUGGAGUACCUUAAAUAUUGUAUGCGUUCAUAAAUAUAUUUCUUCAAGGGUACAAAUUUGCAAGAUACGUGAAUAGUCAGUUAAAUAACGUUAUUUCCGUCACCAUCGAAUACUUAACCUAAAACCACUGUGUGUCCUUAGACACAAACAAAACACAUGCGCAAUCCAACCUUUUCGCCAAAGAUAUAAGAAAUACUAGACUUGCGUUAGAUAACGAAGCGUAACCGUUCACAUUACUUGAUAGCAGUGGUGAUGUAGAGAACUGUAUUGGCACUUUGAAAAAUAUCAAAUCACAUAGUUUUACACCACUGUUCACGAGUAUCUAAACAUCUAUGAUUUUGCUUUGGGAGAAAAAAAAUAGUUGUUUAGUUUGGCGGGCUUUGUCGACUGACGUUACGUUAUUAAGGCUUGUGCAAAGUAUCUGUUCCUAUUUUCGAUGCCGUUGUAUAUUCAAACAAACUAGCAGCCUACAAAUAAUGGAGGUCGCAACCGAUCAGCCUGUUACUUAUAAACCUAAAGGUGUUUGGAAAUAUUUUGAACGUCUGACAGACAGUAAAUCCCUGGCAAAGUGUGUCUCCUGUGGAAAAUUUUUGAGAUGCGAGCAUGGUAGCACCCUGUAUUACUAAAACAUCUCAAUAAACAUUCCUCUAUAAAAAAAGAAUUUGAGGAUGCUAAAAAAUAUGAAGUCGCCGCUGUAAAAAGGGCAAGUGAAGCAGACAAAAGAAAUUUUUUUUUUUCCCCUGAUCCCGUCCUGUUUCCUGCGGGAAUAACUUAUUUUUCCAGAAAAUUUCCCGCAGUACAAAAACCUAUUCCCACACACCCCUACUGUAGACCCCUUACCAGUCAUUACACAAAUAAUCGGGAGUUACUGUAUAUGAUUCAAAAUGAUUAUGGCAUACUGUUGAAACCAACACAGCAUCUCCUAUUUCCUAAUUCUCCCCUUUAAGAAUAAAGGAAGCGGAAAUAGUGGCAGUCACACAUUGUAGUUAGCAUGUUGUGGUGGUUAAUAAAUGAAUAGGCUAUUUAUAAAAUUUGUUUUUAUUUAUAUU